AUGAAGGAGAUGUCUGUCUUUCCCUGGUUUGGCCUGGACAUCGGAGGGACCCUGGUGAAACUCGUCUACUUUGAACCCAAGGACAUCACGGCGGAAGAGGAAGAGGAAGAAGUGGAAAACCUCAAAAGCAUCCGCAAAUACCUGACAUCCAACGUAGCCUAUGGCUCCACAGGCAUUCGGGAUGUGCACCUUGAGCUCAGGGACCUUACCCUGUGUGGACGUAAAGGCAAUCUGCACUUUAUACGCUUUCCUACUCAUGACAUGCCUGCUUUUAUCCAAAUGGGAAGCGAAAAGCACUUCUCGAGCCUCCAUACUACCUUAUGUGCCACGGGAGGUGGAGCGUACAAAUUUGAGCAGGACUUUCGCACAAUGGGUGACCUUGAGCUUUGUAAGCUCGAUGAACUCGACUGCCUUAUUAAAGGGGUGUUGUACAUCGACUCCGUGGGAUUCAAUGGACACUCAGAGUGUUACUAUUUUGAGAACCCAACGGAUGCUGAGAGGUGCCAGAAGCUCCCAUUCAACCUGGAGAAUCCAUACCCUCUCCUCCUGGUGAACAUUGGCUCAGGGGUCAGCAUUCUGGCUGUCUACUCCAAAGAAAACUAUAAACGGGUAACGGGCACCAGCCUCGGAGGGGGAACCUUUUUUGGUCUCUGCUGCCUUCUCACAGGAUGCUCCACCUUUGAGGAGGCCCUGGAAAUGGCAUCCCAGGGGGACAGCACCAAAGUGGACAAACUGGUGCGGGACAUCUACGGGGGAGACUACGAGCGGUUCGGGUUGCCAGGCUGGGCUGUGGCAUCCAGCUUUGGAAACAUGAUGAGCAAGGAGAAGAGGGAGUCUGUCAGCAAGGAGGACCUGGCCAGGGCCACCUUAAUCACCAUCACCAACAACAUCGGCUCCAUAGCGCGGAUGUGUGCACUCAACGAGGUAUUUUGGGGGAUCUCUUCCCUUCCUCCCUGA